CCCAAAUACGAACUCCUCUACCACCCCGGUAUCCCCGGCCGAGGCGAAUUCAUCCGUCUAGCCCUCGAAUCCCAAAAAAUCCCCUACACAGACAUUGCAAAUCCCUCUUCCUCUUCCUCUUCCUCUGCUCAUGAAAAUGGCUACGCAACCGUCCAACGCAUCUGUAUGAAUCCUCACGCAUUGGAAUCUGCAGCGGGGAAUCCUCCCGUAUUUAGUCCGCCCGGGUUGAGAGUUUGUUUUGCCAGUAAAGGAGGACAAGGAAGAGAAGGAGAAGAGGGAAAUCGAAAAACUUUGGUGAUUAGUCAGACGCCGAAUAUUUUGAUUUAUUUGGGAGAGAAGAUUCCGGGGUUGGUUGAAGAGAGAGAAAGGAAGAAAUUUUGGAUCCAACAGUUGAUGAUGACGGCUUUGGAUUUGAAUAAUGAGGUGCAUGAUACGCAUCAUCCUAUUGCUGUCAGUGCAUACUACACCGACCAAAAACCCGAAAGUCUCAAAAAAGCCCUCGACGUCCGCUCCAAUCGUAUCCCUAAAUUCCUCAGUUACUUUGAGAGGAAUCUCAAAUGGAACGCGGCAGCAACAGCAACAGCAACAGGUGGCAAAGGUGGUGGCGAAGGUGCAAAGCACAAAUAUCUCGUGGGGAAUAGUUUGACGUACGCGGAUACCACCGUGUGGCAAGUGUUGGAUGGUCUGCAAUUCGCUUUUCCCAAGGAAAUGGAGGCGCGCUCGAAAGAAUUUCCGGAGUUGUUGGGCACGUUUUAUAACUCGGUCAAGGAGGAGUUGAAGGAGUAUUUGAAUAGUAGUAGGAGAUUGAAGUAUUCGCAGGGGGUGUAUAGGUAUUAUCCGGAAUUGGAUAGGCAG